AUGACCGACGUCGAGCUGCAAGCACCGCCCAGCGACGGCGUCUCGUGCGUGCGCUUUGGCGCGCCGUCGCAGCCGCUGCUGGUGAGUUCAUGGGACGCGACGCUUCGCGUGUACGACGGCGUCCGCCUUCGCACGAGCGUGGACAUGGAGACGCCUGUGCUCAGCUGCUGCUACGGCCAGGGCGACGUCGAAGCGUUUGUGGGCGGAUUGGACGGCGCAGUGCGUCAAGUGGACAUCCAGACGAACCAGAAGACCAGUCUCGGGACACACGACGCGGCGGUGCGCCACGUGGGCUACUCGACCGCGUGUGGCCUCGCCGUCAGCGGCAGCUGGGACGGCUCGCUCAAGCUCUUUGACGUGCGGAACGGCCGCUCCCAGGCAGAGGUCCACACGGUGAACGUGACGGGCAAAGUCUUUGGCAUGGACGUGUGCAGUCAUUUGGUGGUCGUGGGGACGUCCGAGCGACGCGUGGCCGUGUACGACGUGCGGCAGUGGACGCAGCCGCUCGUGGAGAAAGAGAGUCCACUGAAGUACCAACUGCGCUGUGUGCGCGUGUUCCCCGACCUCAUGGGCUUUGCAGUAGCGUCAGUCGAAGGCCGUGUCGCGCUCGAGUACUUCAGUGACAGCAACAACGACAGUGACACGGGCGCGCUGCUAACGGACCCGAGUCGGAAGAAACGCAGCUACGCGUUCAAGUGCCAUCGCGGCAAAGUGGACGACCAGGCGCUCGUGUACCCCGUGAAUGCGAUUGCGUUCCACCCGACGUACGGUACGUUUGCGACGGGGGGCUGUGAUGGCGUCGUGAAUCUCUGGGACGGUGCGAACAAGAAACGCAUUACGCACUUGCGGCCGUACCCGACGAGCAUUGCCGCACUGGACUUUAGUCGCGACGGAGCAGUGCUGGCGGUCGCGGCCUCGUACACGUACGAACAGGGGGAGAAAGACCAUCCGAACGAUGCGGUGUUUCUCCAUACGGUGCAGGACUCGGAGGUGCGGCCGAAGACAAGAGGAGCUGCAGCGUAG